AUGGCUACCAACGGCACCAAUGGCACAAAGGCGAACCGCUUCCUCAUCUGGGGAGGCGAGGGAUGGGUUGCUGGCCAUCUCAAGGACAUCCUCGAGAGCCAGGGCAAGGAGGUCUCCAGCACCACCAUCCGCAUGCAGGACCGCGAGGCCGUGCUCGCUGAGCUCGACAGGGUCAAGCCCACCCAUGUCCUCAAUGCCGCCGGCUGCACUGGCCGUCCCAAUGUCGACUGGUGCGAGGACCACAAGGAGGAGACGAUGCGAUCCAACGUCAUCGGCACCCUGAACCUGACCGACUGCUGCUACCUCAAGGGCAUCCACUGCACCGUCUUUGCGACCGGCUGCAUCUACCAGUACGACGAUGCCCAUCCCUGGGACGGUCCCGGCUACCUCGAGACCGACCCCGCCAACUUCAAGGGCAGCUUCUACUCCGAGACCAAGGGUCAUGUUGAAGAGGUCAUGAAGUUCUACAACAACUGCCUCAUCCUCCGUCUCCGCAUGCCCGUCUCCGACGACCUGCACUCGCGCAACUUCGUCACCAAGAUCUCCAAGUACGAGCGCGUGGUUGACAUCCCCAACAGCAACACGAUCCUGCACGACCUGCUGCCCGCCUCCAUCCUGAUGGCCGAGCACAGCGACACGGGCGUCUUCAACUUCACCAACCCCGGCGCCAUCUCCCACAACGAGGUGCUGACCCUCUUCCGCGACAUUGUGCGCCCCGGCUUCACCUGGAAGAACUUCUCCCUCGAGGAGCAGGCCAAGGUCAUCAAGGCCGGCCGCAGCAACUGCAAGCUCGACACCACCAAGCUCAUCAAGAAGCUCAAGGAGUACAACUACGAGGUCCCCGAGAUCCACGAGGCCUACAGGCAGUGCUUCGAGCGCAUGAAGGCUGCCGGAACACAGUAA